GGGCUCGGAGCUGGGAUCGUAUAUAGACGCGGCAGGAAAUGUCUUCCUUUGUGUGAUCGCUGCGGUGGUAUGAACAGGAGAGGAGGGGUUGAUCUUUUUACGAAGGAAAAUUAAAAUUUAGACGUCAGCCAGCACAUCUCGCAGGCUAAGGAUGGUUGGAUCAAGGAGCCUGCUCUCUUUGAGCGACGGUAUCAACAUGGACGGGACCAUCGGUUCCGAUUUGCAGACAAUUAUGGCCGCUACUGGCAGUCUGGGAUCGCACAUCUACACCAAUGUCGGAAACGCCUUCUCAAAUGGAAGCUUCCUGACUUGGCUGGCACUCAUCGCCGCUGUGUAUCUAUUCGUCUUGGACCGUACCAACUGGAGGACCAACAUUCUUACUGCUCUGCUUGUGCCCUACAUUGGACUUAAUCUUCCGGGAGUUCUCCUCAAAAUUCUCCGCGGUGACAUCGGAUAUUGGCUUGCCUUCAUUGCCGUUGUAUUGCGACUCUUCUUCCCCAAACACUUUCCAGAACAUGCUGAGCUACCAGCGUGCCUGAUCCUGUUGGUGGUGACUGCCCCGAUGAUGCUCGUGAACGUCCGCUUCACCUUGAUCGGAGAGCUUAUCAGUUUGGCCAUCGGUGUGUACCUCCUCGUUGAUCACAUUAAGGCUGCUGGCGGUGUACGCAAAGCCUUCGCGGAACGAGGAGUCCCAAUCACCAUCGGCAUUUUCUUGUUGUUUAUUGCUCCCCUUUGCCAACUCUUCUGGCCACUGUGAGGACUUGUUGAGUUCUAUGCUCCUCGAAUCCUCCUCACUCAGGAAAAAGACAUGCGCUGUACAGCAUGAGACAUCUGUUUCUUCGCUUGUAUGUAACAUUCCACUUAUUAUAUACAUAAAUGUUUAAAUCUUGUAUCCAUCACGG